AUGGGAGUUCCAACCACAACUUGGACUCGCGACCAGAUUGCCGCGCGUAUCCUCGCCGGUGAAGCCAUUUUUAUUCUCCACGGUAAGGUCAUCCGCGUCCCGUCCUCAUGGCUUACCGCGCACCCCGGUGGUACGCUCGCAAUUCUUCAUUUUAUCGGGCGGGAUGCUACAGACGAAGUUGAGGCGUUCCAUUCCGACGAAACUCUCGGGAAGAUGCAAGGCUACGCGGUUGGCACGGUCGAUCUCGGACCAGAGGGCUGGUUUCCUCUGGUUCCACCCAUCAUGAACGGCUGGGUGAGGAAGCUGGGCAAGGAUGGUGCGGAGUGGUAUAAUGAAGCAAGGGCAAUUAAAUCGUUGGAAGAUACGGAAUUAUCACCCGCGUCGCAAAUCUUGCUCGUCGAAAAAGACAGCAUAUCGCCUUGCAGUCCUACACUGUCUAUUCUCCAACCUCCGCCUACGCCGCUAUCCACUAAGCUUCAGGUCCAGCAUUCCAAAGCUUACAAGGCCCUCCAUAAGCGCGUCGUAGAUGCUGGUCUCUACAAGACUCCGUGGUUGACCGGAUACGGUCCUGAAUUCGUCCGUUACACCCUCCUCGGUGUACUCUCGGCCUACACGUAUUCCAAAGGGUGGAUCGUUCCCAGUGCGAUAUGCCUUGGUCUUCUCUGGCAUCAACUCACCUUCUUCGCCCACGAUCUGGGACACCUUGGUGUCACGCAGAACUGGGCGUUGGACCGCAUCAUUGGCAUAUUUGUCGCUGAUCUCGUCGGUGGGCUGAGUAUCGGUUGGUGGGUUGAUAACCACAACAUACAUCAUCUGAUGACGAACCAUCCAUCUCAUGAUCCCGACAUCCAGCACCUACCCUUCUUUGCCAUCUCACCAGUCUUCCUGAACUCGUUGUAUUCUACAUAUUACAAGCGCGUCAUGUACUUCGACUCCUUCAGCAAGGUGUUGAUAUCCAUCCAACACAAGCUGUUCCAUAUAGUCCUGAGUCUCGCUCGCUUCAAUCUGUAUGUCAACUCCUACAGUUUCCUUGCCAAGACUGCCUUCCAGCCCAAGCGCUUCAGAGGAGGCCGGUGGUGGUGGUGGCUCGAGAUCAUCUCCCUCGGAGUAUACGCGUCGUGGUACUCCGCGGUUGUCAAGGGAUGCGGGACCGUCGGCAGGGCGUUGUUAUUCGUUCUUAUCAGCCAUGUGGUGGCGAGCCCCGUCCAUGUCCAGAUUGUACUCUCCCAUUUUUCGCGCUCGACCGCAGAUUUGGGUGUCACCGAGUCUUUCGCCGCGCGGCAGCUCCGGACUACGGUUGACGUGAUUUGUCCUCCGUCCCUCGCUUUCAUCCACGGCGGUCUCCAUCUGCAGGUGACCCAUCACAUGUUCCCGCGCCUGCCCCGUCACAACUUGUUGCAGGCGAGCAUGCUUGUGAAGGAGUUCGCGAAAGAGCAGGGUAUGGAAUUUGCCGAAUUCGGUUUCGUCGAGGGGAACGGAGACGUGCGAGGAGUCCUGAAGCAGGUGGCAGACCAGGUGAAGAUUGUGGGUAUGGUAGCGGACGCGGAAAUCAAGGAGGCUAUGAUCUGCCCGUAA